GCUUCUCUUCGGGUUUGUGGACUCGGGGCAUGUGUAUGCAGCUAAGCUUAGCAUUCUGACAUGGCUGCAGACAAGCAAAAUGAAGCCAAAGUUUCAUCAACGGAUGAAAAUAAAGAAAAUUUGGCUGAAGGUGGCCUGGGAUUGGAAAUCCUGCAGAUCAUUAAGGAGUCCCAGCAGCAGCAUGGGCUCAGACAUGGAGACUACCAGAGAUACAGAGGAUAUUGUUCUCGAAGGCUGCGUAGAUUACGCAAGACUCUUGGAUUCAAGAUGGGUAAUCGACACAAGUUUGUGGGAAAGAAAAUUACCGUUGAAAUGCUUUCUGACAGCAGAUACCUUUUGAUAGUUCUGAUGGAAGCUGAGCGAGCAUGGAGUUAUGCCAUGCAGCUGAAACAGGAGGCUAAUACAGAGCCCAGAAAGCGGUUCCAUCUGCUGGCUAGGCUGCGCAAAGCCGCCAAGCACAGUGAGAGAUUGGAGAAGCUGUGUGAGAGCCCACGGGUCGAUGCAAAGACUAAACUGGAGGCACAAGCCUACACUGCGUACCUCUUGGGUAUGGUUGAGUUUGAGUUGCAGGAGUGGAAGCGUGCCAUGGAGGCUUUUAAUAAGUGCAAGACGAUCUAUGAGAAGCUUGCGAGUGCUUUCACAGAGGAGCUGGCUGUGCUGUAUCGACAGCGUGUAGAGGAGAUUUCCCCUAACAUACGAUACUGUGCUUAUAACAUUGGGGACCAGAACGCCAUCAAUGACCUGAUGCAGAUGAGGCUGACGGGCGGAGGUGGGGGCAUGAUGGCUGAAAAAUUAGAGGCUCUCAUCACUCAGGCUCGCACUAAGCAAGCAGCCACCAUGAGCGAGGUCGAAUGGCGAGGCCGAACUGUCCCGGUCAAGAUUGACAAGGCCCGCAUCUUUUUGCUGGGUCUUGCAGACAACGAGGCAGCCAUUGCUCAGGCUUCUAAUGAGGAGACCAAAGAGCACCUGUAUGAGACCUUGUUGGCUGAGUGCAGAGACACCAUCCAGGCUGUGAGGGAGGAGCUGAAAGCUGAAGUGAAGCAGAGAGAAAGAGGCUCUGAAGAGAGUGGGAAGGUGUCCAACAUGCAGUUUUUGCACAGCUAUCUGACUUACAUCAAGCUGUGUACUCUGGUCAAGAGAAAUGAGAGCAUGGCCCACACGCUGCAGGCCAAACUGAAGGAGCCUCAGACGGAUGAGAAGAGAGGCCCUCGCCCCCAGGACCUCAUUCGCCUCUAUGACAUCAUCCUGCAGAGUUUGGCCGAGCUGUCGUCUCUGCAGGGUCUGGAAGACGACCACAUCUUUCAGAAGGAGGUGUCCCUGAAGACACUGGUUUACAAAGCUUACAGGUGUUUCUUCAUAGCUCAGUCUUAUGUGCUGGUGAAAAAAUGGAGCGAGGCCUUGGUUCUGUAUGAAAGAGUUCUGAAAUAUGCGAAGGAGGUGCAGUCCAAGGCUAAAGGCUUCAACAACAGUCUCAAGGAUCUGCCUGAUGUCCAGGAGCUCAUUGCUGGGGUCAGUGCUGAAAAAUACUCCCUUCAGGCGGCAGCCAUUUUAGAUUCAGAUGAAAAUGCUGAAGUCCUGACUCAACCACAGGUUAAAGACGUCAUGCCCCUGUGUGAUCGCUUGGACUUGUUCCACCUUGACUCUACUCUUGUUGGUAAACAACCCAAUCUGGUGCACUUCCCUCCUGACUUCCAGCCAAUCCCGUGCAAGCCUCUGUUUUUCGAUCUCGCUCUCAAUCACGUCGCGUUCCCACCACUGGACGACAAGGUUGAGCAGAAGGGCAAGGGCGGCCUCACCGGAUACUUCAAGAACAUGUUUGGCUUCGGCAGCUAAAUCCAAAGAGAAAGUAACGUACAGCACAGCCAUCUCACCACGAGCCUCACGCGAUCCAGCUUGCUACAGCUACGACCAUGUUUAAAGGUCCCAUGACACUAUUCUCUGAUCUCUUUUCUAAUGCCAUUUCCUCAUCACAAACACACCCGGAGUUGUUUUAUUUCAUUCACACAUGUUUAAUACACAAACCCUGUAUAUUUAGGUUGUUCCACCUUGUGAUUUCAUUGAGUGGUGAUGCAGGAAGUGCCCUACUGUGUUUUUAAACUCCACAGACCUUCACUAGAUCAUUUCAGCCUUCAUUUGGAUCAUUUCAGCCCUGGAAUUGCCAGUCUCUACUGAACUAAAGGUAAAAGGAGCUGUUAACUUGAAAACUACCGCUUCAUGACGUCACAAGAUGGAAUGACAGACUAAUAAUAAAGUGUUACUCAAACAUGUGUGAAUGAAACAAAACACAAGUCCAGGUCUGUUUUGAGGAGGUAACAGGAUUAGAACCUCUGACCUCUGACCUUUAUUUGCCUCAUCAUAUUUGGGUGCUAAUGCAGGUUAAAGAUGAGUUUUAUUUUAUGUUUAGAAAUGAAUGAGUGUGUCCCAUCUAAGACAGAAUGGCCCAUGGCCCAACAAGCGCCUUCUGCGUCGAGCUCUGCCUGAAAUACACACGUCAUUUCAUCUUUAUAUGUUCCAUGUCUGAACUUUAUUAACUCUAAAGACAUCAUUGUUAUUUUCAGCCUUAGUUACCCGCUGCUUUUCUUGGCUGUGUGGAGUUUAAAUGUACUAUGCUUUUUUUUUAAUUAUUGCUGCUAGGUACAAUGAUGAAUGAACCAAGAAAUACUCCUGAAAUUUUGAAGGGUCCAUCUGAAGUUUGGUGACCUCGCUUUAGAUCGCGGAUGUACAGUUGGUCAAAUUAUGUAUUGAUUUUGAUCCAUGAACCUGUAAAUCCCAUUUUUUUAACUAUCAGUUGUGGCUUAUUUUGUUCCUUUAUUCUAAAUUUGAGCUGGAUCUGGUUUGUAGUAGUGAGCACCUGUACAUUUUUGUCCUCAUUAAAAUAGUUUAUCAAGCAA